UUCUCCCUCGGCGCUGGGAACAUGGCGGCGGCCGCGGGGAGAGCGUUUCUGCGAGGAAUAGUGCGGGGCCUGCUGCUCCCGCGACUCGCAGGGGGCACGCCCGGCCCGGAGCGCGACUUCAGCCUCUCUCACAAUCGGGGCACAGUCAUCGUGGAGCGCUGGUGGAAGGUGCCGCUGGCCGGAGAGGGCCGGAAGCCGCGCCUACGCCGGCGACACCGGGUCUAUAAGCUGGUAGAGGACACGAAACACGGGCCCAAAGGCAGCCUGGAGCUCAUACUCACGCAGUCCGUGGAAGGACUUGGAGUCCGGGGUGACCUGGUCUCAGUGAAGAAAUCUUUGGGCCGGAAUCAACUACUGCCUCAAGGUCUGGCUGUAUAUGCCUCCCCUGAAAACAAGAAACUGUUUGAGGAGGAGAAAUUGCUGAGACAAGAAGGAAAAUUAGAGAAGAUCCAGACCAGGGCAGGUGAGAUGACAGUGAAAUUUCUGAGAAGCUGUCAUCUGGAGGUGGGGAUGAAGAAUAACGUCAAAUGGGAACUAAACCCUGAAAUAGUUGCCCGCCAUUUCUUCAAAAAUCUUGGUGUUGUGGUCGCCCCACAUGCAUUAAAGUUACCAGAAGAGCCUAUUACGCAGUGGGGGGAGUACUGGUGUGAGGUGACGGUAAACGGACUUGACACUGUGAAGGUACCUAUGUCUGUGGUGAACUUUGAGAGGCCUAAGACCAAAAGAUACAAGUACUGGUUAGCCCGGCAGGCUGCCAAGGAAAUGGCCCCCACCAGCUCCCAGAUGAUCUAACCCUUCUGACCCUCAGAAGCAGAAGAGCAGAAUCAGAGGAGCAGGGAGCAACAAUGGGCCAGCACCCUGAUACCACUCCCAGCUCUGACCAAAUAAUGAAAUUUAGAGAGCAUGUGGGGACAUGAGCCUAAACUGCACAUACACAUUGAAUCCACCAUAUCUCCUACCUCCGUGCUUGCCUGUUACUACAUCCGGCCUUACCGGGCAGUCCUGCUCGCAGGCUACCAGGCUGUAGAUUGAACAGAUGGAAACAGUCUAGAUCCUGUUUGGCCUGGAAUUUGUUGGAACAAGUGGAAGAGCUAGCCACGGUCUCCAGGAAUGGUCCCACAUACAGACUGAGCAUUUGUAUCUCAAGAGGAAAUAAAGAGGUUUUGCUCUUUUUA